GGGGAAGAGGGGCGUGUGCUCGGGGAAGGGAUAUAAGUAUUCACAUCCAAGAAAGGAGCGAGUGAAAGAAGAACAAAAGUUGACGCUGAAGGAGAAAACAAAAACAAAUCGAAGAACAAUCGACGCACAGAAAAAAUGCCAAGUGAGAGGUUGACAGUAAGAGGUGCGUCGGAUGUCGGGCGCUUCCCUGGUGCAGCCCCGCCCACCAUGGUGGAGCUGACCAUUCAGAAAGAGGGGGAGAAGAAACAGGACGAGGGAGCCUGUCGCCGGUGGUUCAAGAAGAUGUGCCCAUGCUGCUGUAAGCGCCAGAACACGAGCACCUCCUAUGACAUCACAGACAAGGUCGAAGUGACCAAACCCCCGGCCCCAGAGCCCGCCAAGCCAACGCCUGAGAAUGGAGAAGCGAAGGAAAUGGAAGAAAUGAAGUUGUCGGUGCGUUCGGUGGAUCUGCUGAGCUCCAAGACAGGUCGGAACCGGCAGGAGCACCACACGGACGUGUAUCACGGCGACGAACUGAUCAUCCGCAGGGGGCAGACCUUCCAGAUAGAGCUGGAGCUCAACAGGCCCUUCAACGCAGUCACGGACAAGCUGCAUCUGGACCUGAAAACAGGUCCCCUGCCGAUGGUGUCCAAAGGCACCCACGUCAUCAUUCCGCUGGUGGAUCACCUGGAGGAUGAACGCUGGGAGGCAAAGAUCGUGCUGGACAACGGCAACAGGGUCAAGUUGUCCGUCAACUCGCCGGCCAACGCUGUGAUCGGCCUGUACGGGCUCAGUGUGACCACCUGCACCCUGAGAGGCGAGGCCGCGACAACUCACAACUCCAGCAAGAACAUCAUCAUGCUCUUCAACCCUUGGUGUGAAGAGGAUACUGUGUUUCUGGAUGACGAGGAGGAGAGGAAGGAGUACGUGCUGAACGACACCGGGAGGAUUUACUACGGCACAGAGAAACAAAUCGGUGCCCGGACGUGGAACUUUGGACAGUUUCAUGAAAGAAUCCUGGAUGCGUGUCUGUUCAUCCUGGAGAAGAGUGACAUGCCUCCGUCUGGUCGAAGGGAUCCUGUCAAUGUGGUCAGGGUCGUAUCUGCCUUGAUAAACGCUCAGGAUGACUUUGGGGUCCUGGUGGGGAACUGGUCUGGGAAUUACUCUGAUGGAGUUUCCCCUGCUGCGUGGAGCAGCAGCGUGGAGAUCCUGAGGAAGUACCACUCCUCCGAUGGCACGCCCGUGUCGUAUGGACAGUGCUGGGUGUUUUCUGGGGUCACUACAACAGUGCUGCGGUGUCUUGGGAUACCCGCCCGCAGUGUGACUAACUUCCAGUCUGCUCACGAUACGGAUGUGUCCCUCACUACGGAUGUGUAUUUCAAUGAGGACAUGGAGCCGAUCGACUACCUCAAUAGUGACUCUGUCUGGAAUUUCCACGUAUGGAACGACUGCUGGAUGGCCCGACCGGACCUGCCUCCUGGCAAUGGAGGCUGGCAGGCUGUCGACUCCACUCCACAGGAAACAAGUCAGGGCACCUUCCGCUGUGGACCCGCUUCUGUCAACGCCAUCCGCUCCGGCCAAGUCUACCUCAAACAUGACACGCCUUUUGUCUUCGCUGAGGUCAACAGUGAUAAGAUCUACUGGCAGAGGAGCCUGGAUGGCACUUUCAGCCAGAUCCACAGUGAGAAGAAGGCGGUCGGCCACUGCAUCAGCACCAAAGCCGUGGGCUCUGAGGAGCGGGCCGACAUCACACACCUGUACAAACACCAAGAAGGUUCAGAGGAGGAGCGCAUCGCCGUGGAGACUGCUAGUCGCUUUGGCAGCAAGCCCGAGGUCUACUCCGCACCCAUGGCAGAGGACGUCGGUGUGGAGGUGAAGAUGGAGGGCGAGGGGCCCAGGAUGGGCACUGACGCCAAGCUGAGCAUCUUGGUGAAGAACCUGAGCUCACAGCCUCGUCGGGCAACACUGCACAGCCAGGCGGCUGUCAUGUACUACACCGGUGUGCUGAAGGGCACCAUCAAGAAGGACCAGAUCCCUGUGGAGCUACUGCCCAACGAAGAAAAGACCAUUGAGUGGGUGCUGCCCUACCAGCAGUACCAAAACCAGCUGGUGGACCAAGCGGCCCUGAUGCUGACCCUGUCUGGAAGAGUCAGCGAGACGCAGCAAGUGUUAGCCAGCCAGACCUCUUUCAGGCUGCGUACACCCGACCUCAACAUCACGCCUUUGGGAGAAGCCGUGGUUGGCAAGGAGAUGGCGGCAAAGAUCACCUUCACCAACCCCCUGCCCCGCACACUGAAGAGCGUGGUGUUCCGAGUGGAAGGCCUGGGCCUACAAAAGGGCCACGAAGUGGUUGUGGGUGACGUUGGUGGUCACUCCACUGUGACACUGACGGAGCACUUCAUCCCCACCCAGCCCGGACCCAGGAAGCUGGUGGCGUCUCUCGAUUGUAAACAGCUCUCACAAGUGCACGGAGUGGCGGACAUCGUUGUCGUUGAGAAAUAGGAGGGCGCCAGCGACAUCUCCUAUCACCAGGAUCGUGCCUUAUGAAAUAUAAACUCUAAAGCCUCUAAUUAUGUGAGGUCUGCCAAGUACAUAUAGCUUUAACUCUGUCGUGUUUAUUUUAUACAGAAAAAUCUAAAUUGUGAUAUAUUUUAAAAACUAUGAAUAGACACUUAACAACUGUAGCAUUGUCAGUAUUAUCUUCUUUUUUUUACGUGAAGUAAUAUAAAUUCAUACUUCUGCCUUGCUCUAAAAUCUUAAACCUGUGGUGAAGAAGUAUGGGUUUAAAUGCAUGCCUAGGCAACAGAGUGCUGAAUCUAACAAACAUUCAUUUAUUCAAAUAAUUAAACUGUUCUAGGUAUUAGGUAUCUAAACUAGUGAAUUUCAAGAAACUGAACAAGAAGGAGUGCAGGCAGAUGAAAAAAUGCUGUUUGUGAGUUUUACAUGUAUUUUGGCAUGAGGUUAUAAAACAAAAAACAAUAUGUGAAGAUUAUUUUCAGACAAAAUGAACCUCACAUGGCUUGAAUGAAGGAAGGCUUCUGUGAAAUGUUUGGCAAGGCAAUGAUGCUGAAAGGGCACAUUAGAAUAUCCCACGUUUGUUUUUUUUACUGUUACAUUUGACUAGAAAUUUAGUUGUCGCAGUUGUAAGAUAUAGUCAUUUUCCUGGACCUAUUGCACAAUUGGAAAACAAAAAAAAAAAUUCAGUCAUCAAAUUAAAUGCAAAUUCAAAAUACCUCCUUUAUUUAAAAAAUCAAACAAUUAAGCACUCAUAAAACCCAAGCGUCUCCAUUUUACAGAAUGUUCCUUGUGGUUGAGCUUGACGAUGAAGAUGUUGCUCUGUAUGUCUUGUGUGUUCGUCUCCACUGUGUCUGUAUAAUUAAACUGACAUCAGCUUUUGCUGAUGUAUUUUGCAAUUUCCUUACGAAAAUUGGACUUGCCUGUGCUGCUGUGGCUCGCAGACAACCGUGUGACAACAUAGACCCGAGCAACCUUGAUUCACUUUAGAUGUACUGGUUCUAGUCUGUUUCACGUCAGCACUCAGAGCACAAUGUGAAGGAACUGUUUGAAUAACAUUACAAUAUUUAUCUAUCUUAUGUACCUGGACUGUUUUCUGAGUCAUUUUUGGUAUAAAAAAAAACUUAAAUAAAACACUGAAAUGAUG